AUGGAGAAUAAGAAGGCACACCUGCACAGUAACAGGCAACGCCCUGCAAAGUACUGGCAUUCACUCACCCAACUCAAGUUCCGCCGUGACUAUCGUAGCGAUCUACCGCCCAGCCUCUUCCGGUUUACGGGAUACCGUCCCCCAGAUGAAGGACCUCCUUAUGACCCGCUACCAAUACCGCCUUUCAUAUGGCUCCCCAAGAUCCCUUUGAAGUAUGAGACAUGGCUCUUUGCAUGGAUCGGGUCGUUUGGGGGUAUUCUCUUAAUUGAGGCAAUCAUGUCGACCGAUACCGCAUUCCGCGAUGUAUACCAUACCCCUACGAUCAUCACAUCCUUCGGUGCCUCAGCUGUGCUGCUCUUUGGGGUGGUCGAGUCCCCUGUUGCGCAGCCUCGAAACUUCAUUGGUGGCCAUUUUCUUUCUGCAUUGGUCGGAACCUGUAUCACUCGGCUUUUUGUGCUGAAUGGUCAAUACCAGGGAUAUUUAGACAACACUCACUUUCACCCUUCGACCUUUAUCAAUGGGGGCAUCUCUAUGGCGACUUCAUUGCUGGUGAUGUUAAUGACAGGAACUGUUCACCCACCGGCCGGAGCUACGGGUCUCAACGCAGCCGUUCAAUCGAGCGUUGUCAGCCUAUCGUGGCGCUAUCUUCCAACCGUCCUUGCUUCAUCAUUAAUUAUGCUGGCCUGGGCCAUCCUGGUCAAUAAUCUGGGUCGUCGGAGGUAUCCCCUUCAUUGGUGGGCUCCUGGGCCUACUUUUGUCCUGCCUCCGGGCCAAAACCACGACGAGGACCUGCGUCGAGUAGAAGAAGGCGAGAGAGACAGGGACGCGCAGGAAGGAGAUCUCGCCGUUGAGAUUGACAACUCUUCGGAACCCCACCGCUAA